AUGAACGAGUUGUCUAAAGUUGUUUCGAAUAUUGCUCCCUGUUCUUUAGAUGUCGUACUUCAACGACGCUACUGGGCUGCCUUUGAGCAACACAACAGUACCUUCGACAAAACCAGUGUUAUAGAACUGCCCACUGAAGGUCGACCUGGUUUCUUCCUGAUGUCUGCAACUGGGUUUUCCUUUUCCGAAAACCUGCGGGUCAACACGUCGUGGACCGAAGACAAGCAGACUAAGAGUCGUCUUACCCAGGACACUCAUCUGGGUUCAAUGCAACAAUUUCCUGAUGUUGAGGAACUACAAAAUUGGACAUUAAAGGCCUAUCGCCUAUCACCGCCAAUUAUGUAUCCAGAUUCUGCCGGCGGACAUGCGGUCACAUACGAAUGGUUUCUGCCGGUCGCUGACAGCUCCCUUUCACCACGUCGUGUGGUAGACAAAUUUUGGAUUAUUGAUGUUGACAAGGAGCCCGUUGAUAAAUUGCGCGCGUGGAUUGUAUCCAAAAGUGUCGACCACCUGGAGCUUUACGUCUACUUCCAGCACUCAAACAGCAGUGGCGUUUUCGUCGAGACUUCGGAGGCUGAGGUAGAACUACUCAAGUUCGGCUGUUUACCGGACGACGUCCCCCAAAUCCUUGCCAAAUUUACCCUAAAAAGUGAGUGCUCUUUCUAG